CUUGUGCGACGAACGCACGUAUAGUUAGAAAGUACAGUCGGGCGGAAAUUCGGUAGCAUCGAUUAUAAGCCUGUUUUGGGGACUCGAUAGUGUUUAUCGAUUACUGUGAAAUCGAAAGUGACGUGUUGUGUUUGUGGUGACUUUCGCUCAGUCCAGGAUGAUACGUAACGUGAGGGUAUGGAUCUGCGUCGCCUGUCUCGCGUCGUCACUGGCCGCGCCAGCUCCUAUGCCGUACCCCCUGGCCCUUGACAUCAUCGACCUUGCAGCCAUCAGCAGAAUGUCACCACAACAAUUGGAGAAACUAGCCGAGGGAUUAGCAGCUGAGGAGAUCAUGAGGACAAAACGAUCAUCAGCUCAAGCGCUCACGGCAGUAGUCUCGAAGGCAUCUGGUCUUCAGUCCAAAGUCAGCCUGCUGGGCCAGGCUUCAGCAGGAGCAGCCACGCUCAUAGCAUCUGCUUCCAGUAAAACUGGAGGCCAUAGUGAUGAACAUGGGUACUCGUACGAACCACAAAGCGAGAAAUAUGACUACUGGGGUUUGAAGAAGUCGAUAUUCUACACGCUAUUCCAGGCUGUUAAGGCCAUCACGGGAGGAGUGACGAUCCUCAAAGGACAGCUGAUAAAGGGAGGUGGUGCAUUAGCAGCGACCCUGGGUAAAGUGAUCUCUGUGAAAGGAGACGCCGUCAGUAACCUUGGGAAGAAGAUCGUUAGCUCAGCAGCCCUGAGUCAUAAGAAACCACAUUCUACCCCCGUAUACGGGCCACCCCCACCCCCCGCGCACGUCGAGUACGCGCCCCCUCCAAGCGGCUACGGCGCACCCACUGCGCCUGCGCAUUACUCCCACACGGGACCAUCCGCUCCUACGGGAUUCGCCGCACACAAAUAUCCUGCGCAUUUAGACGGGCGAGGGAAACUGAAUGGGUUGCACGCUGGAGUGCUAUUACUGACACCACUCGGCGAGGCCUCCCCGAGCGAGACCCAUCAGGCCACGGUCAGCCACACGCCGCUCGAACCACCGCCGUCCAUCAUACACUCGGUCUACAGCGCCAUCAAAAACGCAUUCUCCUCGGCGUCGCCAGAAUACGCCGCAGAAGACCUUACAGCGUCCCACCAACCUCCACCCCCACCACAGCCUGUCCCACCAUUCAAACCCAUGUCGUGGGGAGCUGUCAACUCUUACGGCGAACCGGCCAUGCCUGACGCAUACUCAGAUUACGAUCCCAGACACCCUCACCCCCCAUUCGACUACGCCGCCUCCAAAAAAUCCAUCGUCCCCACUGCCCACGCGGUUCACAAAGGAUUAACUCCUGAGAAAAUACAAAAAAUCAACCGUAACUUAAACAAAUUAGCGGCGUACAUGAACGAGAACAUCCAAAGGUCCUCAGAAGACCUUCCAACUUUCACUGGGUUGGAGAAAUAUAAGGAUAUGCUCAAAAAAGGGCAGGUCCCCCUUUUCCCGACUCCAGUAGUUACUGAUAAUGAAAUCGGCGUUUUGCCGGCCGAGUUCCUCUCGUCUGAUCCCACUACUGCCACCAGUACUACGACGACCACUACAAGUACGACCACUACAACGACAGAAAAGCCUGUCACUACUACAGAAGAGAAUAGUAACAGAAGAAAAGAUGCGAAGUAUAUUCUUCGUGGGAACAGGAUAGUUCAAGUUUGAAAAGACUGACUUGACUGACUGAAGGUAUGUCCACGAAUGAUGACU